AUGGCCGAACCCCAACCCGAGCGCACCCGCACCUCACAAACAUCCUCAGCAUCCGAUGUACAAUCUGCAUUCUUCUCUCAGCGGGCACGGCGGCAAUUAGGUCUGUUCGCUGCAGGUGCGGGCUUCUUUGCGAUUGCUUCAGUCAUUACUCGUAGAAGCCUGGUGCGCCGGUACAAGCAAUCGAUCCCCAAAUUCUUCCAGCCAAGCAACAGAUUGAACUACGAAGUCAAUGGUGCGAUGGAGGCUCUGGAAGCGUUGAACCUUGCCACAAUAAACGUGAUAAGUGUUGGGAUGAUGGCUACUGGAGGACUACUUUGGGCUUUCGACAUCUCGUCGUUGGACGACAUGAGGAAAAAGGUCCGGACGAAUCUAGGUGUAGAUCCUAUUAGAACGGACGAAGAUGCCGAACAGGAAAUUGAGGAGUGGUUCGCUACAGUGCUUGCCAGGAAAGAAUUCAAGGCGCUUCGCGCGGAGAAGGGG